AAGAAUGAUUGAUCCCAUUUCGCGAUAUGGGCCGUUGGAUCUUACUCCGCACAAAUAUCCGAGCACUCCGAACUUCUCCGUUGACGGCCCUCGAAGCGACUAUUGUGCGAUCCAACCGUGGAUUCGGGCGAAGGAUGGUGAAUCCCUCUUUCGCGCGACGGAUACACACCUUCAACCCCUCCUGUGAGAUCGGCGGCGCCUCUCGGAAUCCCCAAUUUCCCAUUUCUUGGUCGACAGAAAGCGCCCCCCGAGAGCGAGCCAGAACGAGAGCACAGAUACGGGUUGACCUGAGAACUCCUACGGCGGCGGUGAGAGACGAUGUGGCGGAGGGCCUCUUCCCACCUCCAAACCCUCGCGGCCCCCUGGCGGCGAUCUGUCCCCCAGCUCCUCCGCCGCUCCGCCCAAGAUACCCUACAGAGCCGGGCCCUCGCCUCCAUCACCACCUCGCCGUUCCGGAAGACCUCCCUUCUCCUCACCUCGGAAUCCGAUAAUGUCCCGACGAAGAAGAGAGUGGAGGACGUGAUGCCGAUAGCCACCGGGCACGAACGGGAGGAGCUCGAGGCCGAGCUCGAGGGAGGGAAGCAGUUUGUUGGUAUGGAUACCCCGGUCGGUCCAUUCGGCACCAAGGAAGCACCUGCUGUCAUUAAGUCCUACUAUAAUAAGAGAAUAGUUGGUUGCCCUGGUGGUGAAGGUGAGGAUGAGCAUGAUGUUGUCUGGUUUUGGCUGGAGAAAGACAAGCCACACGAGUGCCCCGUGUGCUCCCAAUACUUUGUGCUGGAGGUGAUCGGUGAGGGAGGGGACCCAGAAGCGCACAGUGAUGAUGAGCAUCACUAGAGAUAGGACUUUUGAAAAUAAAUAUUGGUGAGCUGGAUCAUUUUGGUUAUGCUGUUUGAUCAAUAUUAUUGCCAAUGAAUCCGAACGUGUUUCCUCUUGGCUGUUUUGCUUGCAAGGCCUAACUAUCACCUAUGUGACGUUUGCAUUAUUUUAUGCUUUUUGAUGCAUUGUUGAAUAAUUGAUCGCCAUGUUAAGUUCCAUUCUGUCUUUUGCUUCCAGUAAAUCAGAUAGGGUUUUUCCAGUGGUGUUAGGAAGCAUGCACUGUAAUCUGUUUUAUCAAUUUGUAGGCAACUUUGGUUCUUGGAAGCAACGAAUGGUUAAAAAUUGCUCUGGUA